AAUGCAAAUCUGGUGACUUUAUAUGUAUGUCGGUCUUGUGGGAAAUUCUAUAAAUGUAAAUCUCAUUUGGAAGAACAUCAAAAUCUGCACAUUGGAGUGAAGCCACACUGUUGUACUGAUUGUGGUAAGAGAUUCCAGCACAAAAGUAAUCUUCAGGUACACAAAAGAAUUCAUACUGGAGAAAAGCCAUAUUGCUGUAAUGAAUGUGGCAAGUGGUUCACGGUAAUUGGUCAGCUUCAGGCACACAUGAGAGUUUACACUGGAGAAAAGCCAUAUUGUUGUUCUGACUGUGACAAACGAUUCAGAAACUUGGGCUCUUUUCAAAGACACAAGAGCAUCCACACUGGCAAGAGGCCAUAUGCCUGCACUGACUGUGGUAAGCGAUUCACAGCAGUUGACAGGCUUCAGACACACAGACAAAUUCAUACUGGAGAGAAGCCAUAUAGCUGUACUAAAUGUGGAAAGCACUUCACACAAGUAAGUACUCUUCAAGCUCAUAAGAGAAUUCACACCGGAGAAAAGCCAUAUUCAUGUAAUGAAUGUGGUAAACGCUUCAGAAAACUGUGUGCUCUUCAAACUCAUGGCAGAAUUCAUACAGGAGAAAAACCGUAUUCCUGUACAGUAUGUGGUAAGCAGUUUAACACAAAUUGGUUAUCUGCAUAUACACAAGCGAAUUCAUACAGGGGAGAAGCCAUAUAUUUCCCUUCCUCUCACUUCGUCCUGUGUCUGAUUCUCUUGAAAGCUCUACGUAUAUGUAGCACAGCAUACAUUUUCCUAAGCAAUUUGUGGACAGGGCAGAAUAUCUCAGAAAUGACCCUUUGCAGUGAGAGGAUGAACAUGAUAAUGGAGUCAUGUCGAAAUCUCCAGGGAAUUCCAAAACGGGACUCUAGUUGUGAAGGAGAAUUGUCAGAAGACAGGGGUGAUGACAGUGAAGAGGAGGAUCACACAAAAAGUGGGAGAGACCUACAGGGAGAUGAUGAACAAAUAGUUUCUGUCCACAUUAAGGAAGAAGACUGUGAGUGGGAAUCUUCCUAUCUGAAGCAAAAUGAAGUUGGCAUCAAGGAAAAAGAGGAAAUGGAGGAUUAUGAAUGGGAAGCUGUUAUUAUCAAAGAAGAGGACUGGGAGGAGUCCAUUAGAAUUAAAACAGAAGAUAAGGGGCCAGAAGUAUUAGAACCCACUCAAAGACAAAACUGUCCUGCCAGCCAGCUGCCUUUACAUAUUAAAGCAUCCAAGUUAACAAAAGUUCCUUUUAACCAAUCUAGAAAAGACUUGCCGGAGAACGGCCACAUCUCCAGUCUAUCUCGGGUUAUGCAGCAAGAGAUGGAGCCCAUGAAAAAUCCCCAGAAGAAUGCAUCCUCACUGGCCCAAUAUGUCUGUAAGUUGUGUGGAAAAAGGUUUCACCGCAGAUCACAUUGUGAAGAGCAUCAGCGAAGUCACUCUGGCGAGAAGCCGUAUGGUUGUCCUGAAUGCAAUAAACGAUUCACCAGUAAAAAGCAACUUCACAGACACAGCAUCGUUCAUAGUGGAGAGAAACCAUAUCGCUGCACUGACUGUGGCAAAGCAUUCAGAAAGAGCAGUAAUCUUUAUGUGCACAGGAGAAUACACACAGGCGAAAUGCCAUAUGGUUGUUCUGAAUGUGGAAAGAGAUUCAUAGAAAAAAGUAACUUACGGAGACACGAGAAAAUUCACACUGGAGUUAAACCAUAUACCUGUACCGAAUGUGGUAAGAGUUUCACACAAGUGUAUUCUCUUCAGACGCACCAAAGAAUUCACACGGGAACCAAACCAUAUUGUUGUACAGAAUGUGAUAAGCGUUUCACACAGUUAGUUUCACUUCAGGGACACCUGAAGAUUCACAGUGGAGACAAGCCAUAUUACUGUACUGAUUGUGAUAAGCGAUUUACUGAAAGGAGGAAACUGGAGAGACACAAGAUAACUCACACUGGAGAAAAACCAUUUUGCUGCGAUGAAUGUGGCAGAAGGUUCACACAGAUUAGCAGUCUUCAGUCACACAAGAGCAUCCACACUGGCAAAAAGCCAUAUUCCUGUACUGAAUGUGGCAAAGCAUUCAGGCAGGCAACUUUCCUUCGUGUACACCAGAGGAUUCACAGUGGAGAGAAACCUCAUUGUUGUACCGAAUGUGGCAAGAAGUUCACUGAGAAAAGUAAUCUUAAGAAACACAAGCGAAUUCACAGUGGAGAAAAGCCGCAUUGCUGUCCUGAAUGUGGCAAGCAGUUCACACAGAGAGGUUCUCUAUCCAAACACCAGAGAACUCACAUUGCAAACAAACAGAGCGGUGAAGAUAAGCCACAAGAACAACUCCAUGAACCAGGGGAAGUCGAAAACGUGACCCACUGUAGCAAUGCCCUGAGGACAGACAACUCAUUUCAGAAUGGCUCUGUUAAAUAGAACUAAUUUCCAAAAAUGAGAUGUCGAAAACAGCAGAGUUUUGUAUAUUAAAAAAACCGUGGGGAGAAAAACAACACACUUAAGAAAAGUGGAUUCUGCUAGAAACUGGCAAUUUGUUGCAGUUGAUGAAUUGUUAGGGGGUUCCAGUACCUGACAACACAAAUAUAACUACAAAAAUAUUAAAUAACUCCAAUCAGCAUUAUAUAUGAUUUAUAAAGUUAUAUGUGACUAAAAAUAAGCCAUGUGAGAAAAGUAUAAAUAGGAUAUGAAUUUUAAACAUCACUAACUAUACUACCAUUGUUUUAACUGUUAAACUCAGGUGACAGGUAAAAUCCUACAGAAAGCACUCUGCGAUUAGUUAAAACCAUUUUUUUUUGUUUGUUUGCAUUUUUAGGUUUUUGGAAUUGGCCAAUAGUCAUUUAUUGCCUCUAUUCCAAGAUCCAUACAGUGCCCCAAAGAUGGAGUAUGGUACAGUACUCCUGGAUGUCAUGUUAUUAAGCUAACUGAAAUACUGCAUCUGCAUGGAGAUGCUAACCCCAAAAAUAUACAGUUUCUGUCAAAAGUAGUCUCUCUUUUGGAAGUUUUCACAUUUUAUUUUUUGUAUAUUUGUUGUAUAUUUUAUUA